AUGAUACCGUAUUUCGAUGCCGAUUACUAUCCCAAAGAAUUUGUCGCGUUGAACGCAGAAAACGAAAAGCGUUGUGUGGAUAGUGUCUACGAUAAUCCGAGCAUGUACAGUAUGGACCCUGAAACGAGUGCAUGUCUCAAGCAUCCACAGAACUAA